GAGAGAGAGAGAGAGAGAGAGAACGGUGAUGCACACGGACAUCUGUCAUGUCUCUGCGCCCCAAACUGCGUUCUUCACACACUCCAAAAGUAGCCCACAUCUUCGAUCGCGCACAAGCUCUAUCUUGAAUGGUUUCUGGACAUAUCAUUGUAGUUAUCUGCACGAAAUCAUAGAUAGAGGGCUCUCACGGAAUUGUUGUUGAGGUGGACUAAUUGAACGUCAUUAGAUCCAUCCAGCUCUGGUCUGUCUCAACACCGCUGGCUGGGUGUGCCUGCUUUAGGGUGUAACGGGCACAUACGGGGACAGUGGGUUGUGAGAACAUAGACAGUAAAGGAAGAAACGACGGAAGAAACUACAGUGGAUUGUUGAUGUUGAACCAGGCUGAACUCAGUUCCAACUAAUUUUACCAAUUCUACACCUGCCUGCCAAACCGGAUAUAUUAGAUUACGGUCCGCAGUCAUGACAGCUACUGCCCUACGCACACAAAUUAACUGGUGGCGGGGUUGCCAGAGGGCUUGCGACCGGACAGGCUAUCAGUACCUCCACAGGACCAACCGAACUGCUUCCAAGGAGCAUGUGCAGAUUCUUGUGCUUGGAGGAGGAAGCGGAGGUGUCACAAUGGGUGCCCGCAUGAAACGGAAAGUUGGAGCCGAGAAUGUUGCUAUAGUGGAGCCAAGUGAGAUGCAUUACUACCAGCCCAUAUGGACGUUAGUGGGUGCAGGGGCGAAAAGCGUGGAGUCAUCCGGCCGGCCCACGGCGAGUGUUAUCCCCUCUGGCGUGAAGUGGGUAAAAUCCAGAGUGACGGAGGUUAACCCCGACACGAAUUCUGUUCGGACAGACAGUGGGAAAGAGAUUUCCUACGAGUAUCUCAUUGUGGCCCUUGGCCUUCAACUUCACUUUGAGAAGAUUAAAGGUCUUCCAGAAGGGUUUGAACACCCCAAGAUUGGCUCCAAUUACUCAGAAAAGACAGUGCAGAAGACCUGGAAAGCCCUUCAAGACUUUAAGGAGGGCAAUGCUGUCUUCUCCUUCCCCAACACGCCAGUGAAGUGUGCCGGGGCGCCACAGAAGAUCAUGUACCUGACUGAUGCAUACCUGAGAAAGACUGGGAAGAGGUCAAAUGCGAACAUUGUGUACAACACCUCUUUGCCCGUUUUGUUUGGGGUUAAGAAGUACGCAGACGCUCUCUGGGAAAUCGUGAAGGCUCGAGAGCUGACUGUAAAUCUCAGACACAACCUCAUCGAAGUCAGGGCCGAUAAGCAGGAAGCCGUGUUUGAGAACCUGGACAAACCUGGAGAGACAAAAGUUUUCAAGUAUGAGAUGCUGCACGUGACUCCCCCGAUGGGCCCCCCUGACGUCCUGAAGGGCUCUCCGCUGGCCGACGAGGCCGGCUGGCUCAACCUCAAUAAAGAGACGCUUCAGCACAAUGUCUACCCCAAUGUGUUUGGAAUCGGAGACUGCACCAAUCUGCCAACUUCAAAAACAGGAGCGGCUGUGGCUGCCCAGUCUGGUGUGCUUGACAGAACUAUCACCAGAAUAAUGGAGAAGAGACAGCCUGAUAAAAAGUAUGAUGGCUACACCUCGUGCCCUCUUGUAACCAGCUACAACACAGUCAUCCUGGCUGAGUUUGACUACAAUGGGCAGCCUCUGGAGACCUUCCCACUGGACCAAAGUAAGGAACGGAGGAUCAUGUACUACAUGAAGGCGGACGUCAUGCCUCACCUGUACUGGCACGGCAUGCUCAGGGGUCUGUGGGGUGGACCAGGACCAUAUCGCACUCUCAUGCACUUGGGAAUGAAGUAGUUUACCAGAGACCCAGCGAGAGAUUUUAUACUCUGACACUGAAAACUAUUUUUACCUUCCUAAUAUAUAAGAGCUUAACAAACCAAAUACAUUCACUUUAGCCAUUGAGCCCCUUAUGUGCCAUGGUUCUGCUUAAGGUUCCUUCCUGAUUAACAGGGAGGUUUUUAUUGCCCCUCUCGCCAUUGUGCUUGCUCUAAGGGGGUCCAGGCACUGGGCUCUGUAAAGCGCCUUGAGACAAUUUGAUGGUUUUGGCGCUAUAUGAAUAUAAUUGAAUUUAAUUGAACUGAACUAAAGGAUGCUUAAUGGACAGUCGCACAGAAGGACACACUAAAGGAGGCUUAAAGGACAGUCACUCUGAAAGAUGCUUAAAGGACAGUCGCACAGAAGGACACACUAAAGGAGGCUUAAAGGACAGUCACUCUGAAAGAUGCUUAAAGGACAGUCACACUGAAAGAUGCUUAAAGGACAGUCGCACUGAAGGACACACUAAAGGAUGCUUACAGGACAGUCACACUGAUCCUCGCCAGUCCCACCUUUCUUGAUGGCCAGUCGUUGUGCUUUAACUAUUUGUUUUUGAAAGUCAUGUUUUGGGACACAAAAUGUUCUUCAAGUGUGAGAGAAAAUCACCCACAUUUACAUUUACAUAACAACAUUUACACAGAUUAGGCAUGUGAUCGUUCCUACUCAUAUUUAAGCGAAAUGUGUCAUCUGGCCUUCCAAAACUAGUGACACUCAACAUCUUUAUCAUGAUAGCUUUUUGAUUAAAAAACAAGCAAACACAUCAUGUCUGUUACUCAAGUGUAUGUUGAUAUGUGCCUUAGCUUCAGUUCCCAUGUUAGUAGUAAUUUCAUUUCAAUAACAUUUUUGCUCAAGGUCUGAUUUGAAUAAAGAGUUUGCAUUGA